AUGUAUUUCAAUCUCGGUCCAUCCCUUUCCUCCCCUCCCCUCCCCUCCCCUCCCCUCCCCUCCUUUCCCCUCCCCUCCCAUCCCCUCCCCUCCUUUCCCCUCCCCUCCCCUCCCCUCCCCUCGUCUCUCCUCCCUCCCCUCCCCCUCCCUUUUCUUCCCCCACAACUCUUUAUCCAUCCACCCCUGCAGCUCUCCCUGUCCAGCAACGGCAUCACAUCACUCACCAACGAUCUCAGCGGGUGCAUGUCGCAGGAAAAGCUGCUCUGCCACCUCUUCCUCCCCUUCCCAUUCCCUCCGUUAUCAUCCAUCCAUCCACCCCUCACCCACUCAGCUCUCCCUGUCCAGCAACGGCAUCACAUCCCUCACCAACGAUCUCAGCGGGUGCAUGUCGCAGGAAAAGCUGCUCUGCCACCUCUUCCUCCCCUUCCCAUUCCCUCCGUUAUCAUCCAUCCAUCCAUCCACCCUUCACCCACUCAGCUCUCCCUCUCCAGCAACGGCAUCACAUCCCUCACCAACGAUCUCAGCGGGUGCAUGUCGCAGGAAAAGCUGCUCUGCCACCUCUUCCUCCCCUUCCCAUUCCCUCUGUUAUCAUCCAUCCAUCCAUCCACCCUUCACCCACUCAGCUCUCCCUGUCCAGCAACGGCAUCACAUCCCUCACCAACGAUCUCAGCGGGUGCAUGUCGCAGGAAAAGCUGCUCUGCCACCUCUUCCUCCCCUUCCCAUUCCCUCCGUUAUCAUCCAUCCAUCCACCCCUCACCCACUCAGCUCUCCCUGUCCAGCAACGGCCUCACAUCACUCACAAACGACCUCAGCGGGUGCAUGUCGCUGGAGGAGCUGCGUCUGGCACACAACCACAUCAGGGCCCUCUUUCCUGCUCCUUCCUCCCUCACCCGCGCCCUCUCCCCGGCCCUCUCCUCCCUCACCCGACUCCGCAUUCUCGAUCUCUCCUCCAACCGAAUCUCCUCGCUCAAGCUCCUCUCGCUCGCCACCCUCGCUGCCUUCCCCCGCCUCAACUCGCUCUCCCUCCGCGGCAACCCCCUGCUGGGGGACAAUCCCUCCACGGUUGAGGCUCAGAAUCUCCCCUCCUUGCAACUCUUGCCCCCCGCCCUGUUCCCACCCACACCAGAUUCUCAAGCAGCUGCUUCGCUUAAGGCUGUUGGAUUUGCACAAGGUGGGGAAGAGCUUUCUGGUCGAUUCAUUCUUUCCUUUCCUCUCUCUCCGCUCCUCUUCCUCCCUCCCCACCCGGCCCGGCCACACCAGAUUGUCAAACACCUGCCUCGCUUGCGAUUGCUGGAUUCACGCAAGGUGGGGAAGGGAGGAGGGAGGGGCCAAGAGGCAGAGGGGGCUGGGCAGGAGGAGGAUGAGGUUCUGGGUGAUAGCAGUGGAGAUGCUACUAUGGGGGAUGAGGAAGCGAAGGAAACGAAGGGAGAGGUGGGAAAAGGGAAGAAGAAGGGGCAGAAGAAGAAGCAGGGGAGUGAACAGGGGGAGGAAGAGGGGCAGAAACAGGAGGAAGGGGGAAAGGAGGGGAAGCAGGAGAGGGAGAAGACUGCAGAGGUGGUUAAGGAGAAAGGAGACAAGACUCACAGUGCUGCUGCCGGUGCUUGUGCUGUUGCUGGUGCUGCUGGUGAUGCUGCAGCGGGGGCGGAGGGGAAGAGAGCGAGGAGAAACAAGGCUAGGGCGGAAGAGGAGGCGAAGGUGAUGCAUGGGAGUGAACUGCUGCUGCCUGUGAUGGUGGACAGGAAGGGAGGGAAGAGGGAGGUGAAGGGGGGAAAUGGGGGACAGGAAGGGAAAGCAAAGAAAGAAGGGAAGAAAGGAGGGGAAGGGAAAUGGGAGGGUGCGAAGGGGGUGAAGAGAAAGUCAGAAGUGGUGGUGGGGAGUGGGGUGGGGAAAGUGGAGGAGGAUGGUGUGUGGAUGGCAGAAGGCAGGGCAGAGUUGCCAGAGAUGAAGGCAGGGAAUGUGAGGGUAAUAGAGAAGGUGAAGGGAAUGGAGAAGGUGGGGAAGAAAGGAGGCAUAGCCAAGGUAAGGAAGCAGGCGGGUGUAGCUAAGGUGUUGAAGAGUGAGUGGGCUGACCGGAUUGGGGAGGGAGGGGAGUCCGCUUGGGACAGUGAUAACGCUCGCGAUGAGGAGGAGCUGGGCGAUGGCGGUACCGAAUGGAUGCGCCGUCCUGGCAAGGAAAGUGGCGGCAUGGAAGAUGCGUACGACGAUUGGUGUCCUUCUCCGCGCCCGAUGAAUGACGCUGCUGAGUCCGACGGUGUUGAGGAGUGGAUCGCCUCGCCGCGAAACGAGGUUGCUGCAGAGCCGGCUGAAACGGUUGCAACGCAGGUCGUCGAUGCGGCCACUCCUGAGUCAUCCGGUUCAGUCGCUGUGAAGAAGCGACGGUACACGCAGCAGGUUUUGCAGUGGGGAACACCGCCUCCGAAGCCCGUCGCUCCACCUCCCCGUGCUGCCCCACCCCCCAUUCGUCCCCUUACAGACGAGGAGAAGAAGGAGAAGGCGUACCUGAAGGCGCAGAAGAGCUACAAGUCUGAUUGGCUGCCGAAGUUUGACUGGCUGAUUCUGGACAAGACGCCAGAGGGUGACCCGUGCCUGCGCUGCAGUGUCUGCAUGGAGCACGGGAAGGACAACGUGCGUUACGGUCGCAAUGGCGCUGGCGGUCGUGAUCUGCAGAUCGGGUCGAUGCGGUGGCACGAGAACAGCGCGAAGCACGAGGACGCCAUGAACAAGCAGGCAAACCUUCUGCAGAAGAUCGUGGACCAGAAGAAGAUUGAAGACUUCGCGAAUGGAGAUCCGGAAGGCUGUCGCGUCGCGGUACUCAUGCGCGCCAUGCGUUUUGUGUGCCGUACCGACACACCCAUCCACAUGUACCCACAGGUCGUGCAGCUUCUCGCAGAGGAGGGGGUCGCCAACAUUCCGCAACAAAGCUAUGGAGUGUACAUCACGCAGUACGGUUUCUCCGAGAUGGCCAAGGCUCUCACCGCCGAAGCACUUGCUGUGAAGGAGACGGCCGAAGCCGAGCAGUUCCAAGAUUUCUGGAUGGUAGACAAGGCCAUCCGUGCAGUGGGCGAGAUCGUAGGGAGAUCCACGCCGUGGUACGAGCGGUUCAAAGAGCUCCAGAUCGUGAUCCACAGCACCAACCUCGAGCACCAGGGACUGUUCGACGUGCGCUGGCUCUCCCGUGCCGAUGCGGUCAACCGGCUUGUCAAGAUUUUGGGGUCGGCAAUCGUGCUCUUUCUGGAGUACAAGCACAAGAUCGCCUCGGUUGUGAAGACCCUGAAAUUCCACUUCUGUCUGUAUUUCCUGGCAGACAUUUUGGGGGAGUUGAACUCCCUGAACCGUUUCUUCCAACGACGCAAGGUGGAGGUGACGCAAGUCACAGAGGAGGUCGACCGUGUGGUGUCCCUCAUCGAGCACCGCUACAUCGACUACGAUGGUGGUUUCGGGGCGGGUCUGAGCCCCAUCCUGUCUCCAUUCAUGGCACGUGUCAAGAAAGGGGACAAGAAGGUGAAGGUGGACGGCGUGGACGCUAGCGGCAUACCCGUCAAGCACACCUUCGAGCUCAGCGAGCUGCCGGACAAGAAGCACAAGUUCGGCGGGACGCUUGCAGAUUGCGUGAAGUUGGGCAAGGCCUUCGCCCGCGAGGUCGUGUACAACCUGAAGCACCGCAUGCGAGAUCUUCGUCGAAUGGGCGGCUUGAAGCUUUUCAGGGUGGACAAGUGGCCAGCGAAUCCGGACACGCGUGUGAGACGUUGUGCCACGUGGCUCCGCGAGAACUCUAAACUCUUCAACCACCAGCUGCCAGAUGUCGUGGACAUCUGGCGCAAGCAGAAGAAGAGGCGGCCUACAAAAUCCCCUGCACCCUUCCAACCAGCCAAUGACAAGGGCGGGCCAGAGGCCAGUUCGGACGACGAACGGGAGGAUGACGUGGCUUACGAUGAGUGA